AUGUAUGUCGGUAGGCAAACUCGAGCUGGAAUAUACUUAUCCUGUCUACCAUUUCACAUACUUUAUACUUCACUUUUCUUUUUGCUGUCUCUCUUUCUCACUCUCUCUCUCUUCAGAGGAAUCAGUCUUUCUUUCAUCAAAUCAACGUUCCUUCUCCACCCUCUGUUCUCUCAGAUGAUCGUUCUUCUCUUAACCAUAGAAGACUAUUCCCCCCCAUUUUCUGUCUUUGAGAUUUCUUCUCUUCGUUGCUUUCUCAAGCUCUCUCAUCCUCUAACCAUUUGUUUCCCUCUUUUUUCAGUCUUUCGCUUACCCGCCUUUUACCCGUGUCACUCCCUUUCAACAUUAUCCUUUUUCUCUUCUCUUUCCAUAUCACCCGAUUUCUAUGCAUAUUUCUUUCACCACCUCUUCAAAAGCUUUGUCUUUCUCCAUCUAAAAUUCCUCCAAUGCAACUGCCUCACUUUCUCUUUCUCUACCCACUCCUUCAAAUUUAUUCCUAUCUUUUCUCUCUGCAUUUCUUUCUAUGUUCUUGAAGCUAAUGUCAAGGAAACUUUGCCACAUAUUUUUACCCGUCGAUCCGAGCUCCCGGUCUUUCGUCAUGUUCUAUUUCUCUGUUUCGGUUGGUGGCUUCCACAGUGA